UGUUCCAUGAGGUACAAUAAAAUGGUGUGUAAACAAGACGGAACUGACAUGGGUCUGUGCUCGUAGCCUGAUUAUUCUGUGAUAAAAAUGGCAUCAAUCAUAUGCGAUGUCAUCGACAAAGAAACAGUGCGAUGUAAUGGAACGGACUACACAGCAGAGGAAAGACUGACCUAUAGCGACGAAUGGUUCUGGAUAUAUCUCGGCAUCUAUGUCGGCCUCGUGCUAAUGGCUGGAAUGAUGUCUGGCCUAACAAUGGGACUAUUAUCACUCGACUUGAUGAGUUUAAAAGUGAUGAAGGAUGGAGGGACGCCUAAGGAGAGAAAACACGCUAAAAAGAUUUUACCCCUCGUGUCCCGUCACCAUCUCCUACUGGUUACUCUGCUCCUGGGGAAUGCUGCUGCUGUGGAAUCGAUGCCAAUUUUCCUGGACAAGAUUUCGAACCCAGUCGCUGCUAUUGUUGUCUCAGUUACCGCUGUGCUUAUAUUUGGGGAAGUUAUCCCCCAGGCAAUAUGUACAAGAUUUGGGUUGGCGAUAGGAUCAACAUUAGCUCCGCUGGUGUACUUUCUAAUGGCCAUGUUGUAUGUCAUUGCUUGGCCCUUGUCGAAGAUCCUGGACUGUUUACUGGGGAAAGACCACACAACGUUCUACAGACGUGCCCAGCUUAAGGUGCUUGUAAACCUACAUGGUCCAAAUGGCUCAAACCUACCACCUGAUGACUCGUCAGAAGAACACCAGGGAGAGCACCUUACUUUGGAUGAGGUUCUCAUCAUACAGGGUGCUCUGGACAUGAAGACCAAGACUGUCAAAGUAGCCAUGUUACCUCUGGAUGAUGUGUUCAUGCUGAGUAUCACUGACAAGAUGGAUAAGGCCACCAUGAUGACGGUUACAGAAAAAGCUCAUUCCCGGAUCCCUAUCUAUGACGGUCCAUACACUAACAUUGUGGGAGUGAUACUGGUGAAAUCUCUGAUAAUGCUUGACCCAGAUGAUGCCACGCCCAUCACAAGUCUGCUUGAUAGCCAGGCAGGGAGGAGUGUCUUAUUUGUUGAUGAGGAUAUGCCCCUGUUUGACCUCCUCAACAUAUUCCAAACUGGCAAAAGCCAUAUUGCCUUUGUACAGAAAACUACCUCGAGAGAGAGGUAUGAAGACCAGACUGAUGAGGUCCAUUUACUGGUCACUACGGCUGACGAGGAUCGAGUUUGUGGUAGCGCUCAGGCUUCAGGACCAAUUAUAGGUAUCAUAACUCUAGAGGAUGUGAUUGAAGAGCUCAUUCAGGAGGAGAUAAUAGACGAGACAGAUGUUUAUGUAGACAUUCAUAAACGGAUACAGGUAGCACGGGCACAGAAAGCUCGACGGGACCGGAUCGUGCAUAGUCGCCAGGUCUCAGUGGAUAACCAGGGGGCUGUCGCCGGGGUCGCCACUGACCCUCAGGUAUUGAUGGAAUCUCUAGAUCUUUCAAUGAUGAAGAGCCGAUCCAAUCCAAUCAUGAGGAAUGAUCGGGAAAAAGAUAUCCUUGAUCGCCAAACAUCAUACUCAAUGCCAGCUGCAGAAAGUAACAUUAACACGGACACAGAACCCCUUCUGGGGCCCCCAGUAGUAUAUACCUAGAACAAUGGAUAUCAUCAACACGGACACAGAACCCCUUCUUUGGCCCCCAGUAGUAUAUACCUAGAACAACGGAUAUCAUCAACACAGACACAGAACCCCUUCUGGGGCCCCAGUAGUAUAUACAAAGAACAACAGACAUCAUGAUCAGUGACACAGAACCCCUUCUGGGGCCCCAAGUGGUCUUUACCUUGGUAAAGGGACAUCAUCAACACUGCUGUAAAAUCCCUUCUGGAGCCCCAUUUAGUUUAUACCUAGGACAAGGGAUAACCUCAACAGUGACAAUUAAUGAACCCUUUUGGGGCACCCAGAAGUAUAAAACAUGUGUCUAGGAUAUUGGCAGUCAGGUUAUGCUCAAUAUAUGCAACAAAAAAAAGUUUAGUAAAACAUUUUCUGUAUCAUCUGAAAAUAGUAUCAACAGUUUUUGAAAACUGUAUACCUUAAAAAUGGUCAGAGAAUGAUUAGAUUUUAUCAUUCAAUCACACAUACUAGCUGCCAAGUGGUAAUUAUGUGAAGAAUUAUUUGUCUUUUGAAUAGUUCCUAUAUAUGUCAGAUUAGAAUUGGAUUGUGGUGCUAGAGAAAUCAUUUGUAGUAACUUUAGCCUGGAUCCACAUGUGCUCCUUGUGAAGUUUUAGUCAUGAUCUAUUUUUCUUUGGGUCUGAUCCUUACAAAACAAACAGUAAAUGGAGACAGAUAUAUAUAGUCCUUGAAUGUCACACUAAUAUGGCAGUGGGAUUGGAAUUUUCAUCAUUUUACUUUUUAUUUUCACCUUCUGAGCAUAUAAACAUGAAUGCUGGAUCUUCCCAUUGAUAGCAGGCCGUUCUAGUUUUCAUGGUACAUGUAUCUGUUCCAUGUAAAUGUUUAAAUCAGCUGAGUGAUAUAAAUGGUUUCAGACAAAUAUCAUGAUUAGGCAGUGGAUUGUAUUGUUAUGAUAGUGAAAUGUUUUAAUUAUAUGUAUUUUAUUAUUUUUUUUCAAAAUGGUUGGAAAUUUAAAGGAAAUACACACUUGCUGGUUUUGAUGCCUCGAUAGUAACCUUUCAAUAAUUUCAGACUAGGGGAAUGUUGUAAUUUUCUUUCAGGCAAGUAUUUAACUGUGAAAUGAUCACUGGUUGAAGAGCUAUGUUUUUGUCAUGCAUACAUAUAUCCCCUGCUUUUGAUACCAUUUUUGAGGGGUGGUGGUGGUGGUUUGGUGGGAUGGGAUGGGGAUUUUACGUUCCAGAAUGCAUGUGUAUGUUACAAGUAAGGCGGUAAUUCUUUCCUGUUACAUUUAUAUUAGCCAGGAGGGUUUUCCUCAUUUGUUUUGUAGCAAUUAAGUUAUUAAUGUACUGCUGCAGUCUCAAGUUUUUCUUUUAUUAUUUGGUUACUUGACCCCAUUAGGGUCACAGUACCCUGAGACAAUAUAUUAUUUAAGUUUAUUUUUGUAUUGUUUUAUACAUUGUUAGAGAGUUUUUGUUUACAGAUGGCAUGAAAUUCAGACCAAUAAUAACAAUUUAAGUUUUAUUUUGAUCAAAAACAGUGAUUAGAUAUCAAUUCACAAGAAAACAUACAGGUAGUUUAAUGUAUAGUACAAUCUAGUAACUAUUUUAUUCUUACAAUGUAUAAUUCCACUAUUGGUAUAAUACUAUAGGACAUAUCACCAGUCACUGGUAACAUCGCGGCCGAUUCCAUCUAGACUUUAAUCAAACCUUGAACCGCUAUAUUUCCUUAGACGGAAAACACAACUACCCAGGUACUAAUAUUUGCGUUUUCUCAUGCAAUCAAUUUAGCAGAUUUAAAUACAUUCUUGUAUGUGCUUAAUCAUAAUUAUCAUGAAAGAAUGUUAAAAUUAUGUCUAUACCCUGGGGCUUUAAUCAGAAACCGCAUUACCUGUCACUCUAGUAUACGCGUAGACACAGUACCUUAAAGUGUUUUUAGAUACGAGACUCUAUAUACAUACACAUAGUUGAAAUUUCUUUCUUGUGGAGUGUCCGUGGAAGCUUUUUCAUUGAUGCACUUUUGAUUUACUUUACUGCACAAAAAUAUGUAUCAAAUGACGUGACAUAUACCUUUCAUACCUUUGAGGUUUGAUACGGAGUCUUGACAGAAUAUUGGCCGAGAUGUUGUGGUUGAUCUGUAGCCUUGCUCAUGACCCAAGAUUUCGAUAGACUAGCUUGGAGUCAAUGAGUAAGGAAAUUUAAACAUCUGUGCUCCACAAUUUACAACUCAGGACUGACAUAACCUAAUCUCACCAGAUUAUAGUGGUUUUCUCUGGUUUUCAUAUCCAUAUUUAGUAUAAAUGACCAAUCUUAUCUUUGUAGUUUUUAUGUGCACAUCUUAUUCUUCAGUCUGUGAUAAAGAUAUUUUUGUUUUUCUUUAUAAAUAUCUAUAAUUGUUGUAGUAGUUUUGCUUGUAUACUUUAGCAUGCUUUCAUCAUGUACGUAUUUCUCUCAGUUUUUUAAGAAAAAAAAAAAUUGUAUUGAUGCAUAUACACAUGAAAUGUCUUGAUACAGUAAAGGUGUUAGUACCGAAAUGGCAACUCCAGCUGUGUGCUCCUAUGGGAGUUGAGAAAGACAUUGGCUAUAACCAUGGAUAAUUAUUUGUGAACCACUUUGAGACGGCUAUGUUGCUGUGAUACAGUGGUAUAUUUCAUUUCAACAAAUUUUAUUGCAAUAAAUUAAAACAAAUGGAUUGGACAACAGGCAAGCCUAUAUCAGUCCUCUCCAUAUAUAACACUCGUAAUUAUCAUUAUUAUUAUGUACUUUGGAUAUGCUGGUCAUGUAUACAUUGUAUGUUGUGUUCCACAUACCGGGGAUGAUGGUUCAUGGGAUCAAAAAUUUAUAAAAAUUAGAUACAUUUUGUAUCUGUUUACUAUUCUUGUUGUUAAUUGAAUUUCCAUACUUUUAUUAAUAUCAUAUAUUAUCUUAUGCAUAAAACUGAAAAAGAAGAAUGAGAAGCUGAGAGUCUGAUUUAACGUGAAGUUCUGUUAUAGAUGUCGCGAUAAUAAUGGCUCAGUAAGAUGGAAAGCUGGACAUAUUUCAAACAUAGAUAGUUAAUAGUAUACAGUACUUGUCAAAGUUGUAACACGUUGAUAUUUUAAUUUGUUUCAAGAAUACAGCUAUAGGAUACCUAAUAGCUUAUCACUGCCAUCAGAAUGUGUAACCUCUCUUUAAUAUAUAUAAAGCACAUGUGGUUGUCCUUAUUUAUUUGGAAGUAAGCUCGCGGAUAUGCCUGGUAAUAAGCCCACCCCUUUCUAAUGUGGGCCAUUGGAAACGCCACUAAAUGCCAUUUCAUUGCCCAGUAAUUAUAUAUAAUAUAACACACACACCAGGUAUCUCUACCUUUCAGUUAAAUUGAAGAUUGUGUGUUUGCCCCGGGGGCUCGAUAUAAGGAUAAAUGCGGUAUAUUUCCCAACUCUAUCAAUUGUGGCAUGGGAUCAGUGAAUUCUAACUGUAUAUAGUACUAGUUUUGUACUCUGUGAAGUUUGCCAUAUUGGCAGAUGACCAAAAUUUGCCAACAUUAAAAGCAUAAAAUUUCCCUUGGUACCAGGAGAAGAGUUUUUUUGUAUAUAAUAUCCACUUUUCCUGUCAGAGGAAGAUCAAUAUUUCACAUGUAUGUAUUUAGCCAGACUAAAUGUAUCCAGCAUCUCAUAUGAAUUGAGAACUCAUUUAAAAUGCUGUAAAUGUAAAUAGAAUCUAACACUCAAUCCCAUGUCGUAUUGAAUUUAUUUUGUAGAUUAAUUUGAUAUAUAACAAAAAAGCUUGAAACUCAAUAUAACAUGGACACUUCUUCAAGGUCAUCUCUAUUAUAGAUGACAAUUGCAUUUUAGCUACAAGAACAAAUUUCAUGAAUCAGGGAUCAAUAUGUGUUCCAUUUACAUGUAUGCUAAAAAUUGUAUACUUACAAAUUUAUCUAGAAUGGCACUGCCUUCAUCCAUUUUUGGAAUAUUUAAAUAUUUUCAUUAAAUAACUUUUCUUCUUGCAUCGUUAGUGGUUGAAUGAUUAAUACAUGUAUUGAAUGUAUACUGUUUGUCUGAUGAACUGUUGUAAGUUAUUAUUGAAAGAUACACAAUGCAAAUAUCCAGUACCAUUGUUCUAUACAAAGGAACAUUUGUACUUGUACAUGAAAUAACAUGUUUACCGAUUUACCAAACCCAUGAAUGCAAGCUUCAAAUAAGCACCUCAAUGUCAGGAACAAAUUUUCUGAUGCAUCUCGAACAUUCCGGAAACUUUAAGAUGUUUGAAUUUCUUAUAAGUAUAUAUAUAUACUCUAAUUUACUUCUAUUGCUUCUAACAAGCUGGAUUCUUUCACACCUUCUAGAAAUAUAUAUAUAUAAUGCUGCUGAUCACAUGUGCCAAACUUAAAUUAAACUUCACAAAAUUAUAAGAUUGAGACUGAAAAUGUAAAAAAAUAAAUAAAUGAAAUAAUAAUAAUUUGCCCCCAGUCUCACUAGAGGCAUUGACUAUUAUACAUGUACUUGUAGCAUUUCUAGGUCUGGGGAUGGUAAAUGUGCAGGGUCAAGGUGUGUUACGUACAUUGUAUUCGUAAUCAAAGUGUGGACGAGCUGUUAAUAUUUAGAGUGUAUAUCAGCUCUAGAUUGCACAAUAUAAGUUUUUCCUCACGUGUUUGUGUGUAAUUGUGUAUAGACAUCUUUGCUAGCCAAGGCUUCUGAUUACGUUUCACUCCAUGUAAAUCGGAAGCCUUGGCUAGUGAAGAUGAUGUAAUGGAUUGACUAAAAAUUUCUUAUGAUCUCCAAAAUAUCUUCUUAAAUGGUGUACCGGUAUCUUAAUAUAAAUGUAUCCUUUUACACUACGAAUAUAUACUAAACCACUUACAAUGCUUUAGUUCUAACAUCUAGUCACAGUCACUGUUGGGUGACAUUUAGAGGUAGAUUGAAAUAGUGUGUUCAUUAUCACAGGCACUAGUGUCAUCUACUAGCACGCCAAACAUUGUAUGGAAGGGCCUUAUUGGGUAUCGAGGAGGGCACUCGGAUAUUUAAUUUAAUAUACUCUAGUGCCCUCCUCCAUACCCAAUAAGACCUUUCCAUAUAUUGAACAGUGUGUCUGUGUCGCUGCUCUGUUUCAUGGUUUGAACACAUUAAUCAGUGUUUUUCAAGCAUUUUUUACUCUCCAUGAAUUAAAAUUGGACAGCAAGUGAUAAAGUGUUGGGACACCUUAACCACUCGGCCCCUUCUUCCAUCUGGGCCAACAAGAGUGAUUUAUAUAAGUUGGUAAACUUGUUUCGCAAUUGUUGUAAAAUAAAUAAAGUUUAAAAAGUAAAUUCAAGGACUAAUAUGUUAGAAUUCUUUGGCUUCAUUUCUACAUACUUUUUAUAGAGAAAUUCAAUAUUCAACAACCUUCAAAUAUAUAGGUCUGUAUGAACCAUGCAUGUAGGCAAAGAAGCUUGUGGUCGUGUACAAGAUGAAGCAAUACUUUUUAUCAGUUGUAGCCAGUAGAAUAUGUAUAUUGAAUGAAACUUUAAUAUAAGGUGUCUCUAACAAUAAUUGUAUUAUCAUUAAUACAAUAGGAUUUGUAGCCUUUCUAUUGUUACUUUUAUUAUUAUGCAAGCAUUAUAACGGUGCUUUUAAAUUAUAUUCCAUUAAUUAUUCCUUAUUGUGCUGUGAUGUAUACGUAGAGUGUUGUAAAUCUAAAUAAAUUUUAUGCAUUAAUCAA